AUGUCGCCAGCAACAACACCUGCAUCAACAAGGUGGUGUCCAACCACGGAGCAACUAAUGAUUCUUGAAGAAAUGUAUAAAAGUGGUGUAAGAACUCCGAAUGCAACUCAAAUUCAACAUAUAACAGCUCAUCUUGCUUAUUAUGGUAAGAUUGAAGGUAAGAACGUUUUCUAUUGGUUUCAAAAUCAUAAAGCAAGAGAUAGACAAAAACUUAGGAGAAAACUCAUCAAUAGACAACAACAACACCUUCUUCGCCACCACCAACAAUUUAAUCAUGAACAACCUUCUACAACUAUUGGUGUCGGGUCAGGCCUUCAUCAGUUUCCACAAUUUCUUCCUCCCCAACACGAGGAAGCAGGUGGUGAAAUAAUGCUGCAUCAAGAAGGAAAACAAGCAAGUCAAGUAAUGAAGAGAUACAAAUGGACAUAUGAUGAUAAUACUCCCGAAAGGCUAGUGUUGGUUAAUAACCAUCAAAUGAUGGGGAAAUCAUCACAAUCACCAUCACCGUCCUCAACAACAACAACAGUGAAUAUGUAUGACCGUGAUUGGUUGAUGAUGAUGGAUGUCAUGAAUCCACCAAAAACUUUCCAGUAUCCUUGCUGCAACAGCGUUAACAGUAACACCUACUUCAACAACACCAAUGACAAUAACAGACCUAUUCUCAAAACCCUAGAACUUUUUCCCGUUAAAAGCACCAAUCUCAAAGAUGAAUGCUGUGCUGCUGCUGCUCCUACUACUACCUCACCUAAGCAGCAGCAUCUCCAUUUCUUAUCUUCUGCAACCUGUUCAUCCACAACAAGAAGCUAA